AUGGACGAGGCAAUUGGUGAUGAGGUAGCUGAUCAUGUUACCGGCACACAUGUCCCUAACAAAGAUAAUGGAUUUUCACCAAUACCCGGUAGCUCCGGCUUGCUUCAAAUAAAUGAAAUGGCGCCACCUGGCGCAAAUGAUUAUCACAGUAACCCAAAACAUCAACACUCAGGAAUUUUGGACGCGAAAGACCAAGACAGGAUUGUUUCAUCCGAACAUGCCAGCACAAGUCCUCGCUGUCUGAAUAAUGCCGGGGUCAUGGUUGAGGAGCUAACUCUGAGUAAUUAUGAUGGCGAAAAGUUGACGGUAGUGGGUGCUUCUAACAACAGAGAGCGAAUGCUGACUGGGCAAAACCAGUGGCAGAAUUUAUUCCAACUUUCUGGUGGGUCCCACAAAGGAAAGGGUCAGGUGACUUCAGGUGUACGGGUCGAUGGCAGCAAUAAUAAUAUUUUUGCCGAUUUGUUAAAUGAAAAUCAGCUGCCGCAAAACUACAGUCACAAGUCUAGUGAGAAAAAUGUUUUGAGCAAUGAUGAUAAAGGUGCUUCAGGUGAACCUUCACUCCUUUCUGGAGGCUUCCGGACGAAAAUGCUAUCUAAAUCUGGGUUUUCUGAGUUUUUCACAAAGAGUUCACUGAGACAUAAAGGGGUAAUACAUAGAAGGAAAGCUGACGGAGGAUCUGGUUCUGAACGGGGUUUGAAAAAUUCUGUUGCCCCAUUAAAUUUGACCCCCAAAUCGCCCCUUCUGGCUAUUUCUAGAAGUAUCUGUGAUGGGGUAAGUUUAAGGGAAUGGCUUGAAGCAGGUGGAAAGAAGGUAAGUAAAGAUGAGAAGAUGCAUAUAUUCAGGCAGGUUCUUGAUCUUGUGGAUAUUUCGCAUUCUCGUGGCGUUCCACUUCAGAACCUGAGGCCUUCUUGCUUCAAGCUUUCUGAAUCACACCAGGUCGUGUACUUAGGAUAUUUUAAUGCAUGUGAGGGAACCAGAGAAAAUGUAAGGGAUCAAGAUAUUCAUCGAAAUGAAAAGAGGCCAAUGAAUCAGAACAUCCUCCCGUUGGACAAUCACACCGUGAAGAAGCAUAAAUCGGGUGAAAAUACAAAGUUUAUUGAGAGCUGGCCCCAGUUUCCAUCGAGGUCUGCCAUUAGAACUGCUUCUUUAAGUAUUUCUGGUGUAGAGAGAGCCCACACUCGGGAACUCAGCAGUAAUUUAGAUGAAGAGAACAAUCAUAAGGCUGAGAUUAAGAGCCUCAGAAAAUUUUUCAGCAACCCUGCUCCUAAUGCAGCACAAGUAUUACAGGGUUCAACAAGUUUUAUGUUGGAAGAGAAGUGGUAUUCGAGUCCUGAGUUGUUCAGUGAGAAAGGCUGCACCUUUGCAUCAAAUGUCUAUUGCUUGGGAGUCCUUCUAUUUGAGUUACUUGCCUCAGGUGAUUCUGGAAGAUCCCAUGUUGCUGUAAUGAAUGAUUUAAUUCAUAGGAUUCUUCCACCUAGGUUUCUUUUGGAGAACCCCAAGGAAGCUGGAUUUUGCCUUUGGUUACUUCAUCCUGAGCCUUCUUUACGCCCGUCAACCAGAGAAAUUUUGCACUCUGAAUUUAUGUGUGCAACUGAAGAAUUGAAUGGAGGCGAGAUACUGUCAUCCAUUGAUGAAGAAGAUGAGGAUUCGGAAUUGUUGUUACAUUUUCUGUCAUCAUUGAAUGAGGAAAAACAGAAGGAUGCAUCCAAUUUAGUGGAACAAAUCCUGUGCAUAGAAGCUGAUAUUCGAGAGAUUGAGAAACGGCGACAAGUGGGUCCAUCUACCAAUGGAGGGAAUGCAAGUUUAGAUGCAUCCUCAAAGAUAGCCUCUACAAAUGAUACAGAAACAAGGUUUAUGAGUAAUAUAAAGCAACUUGAAGAUGCUUACUUGUCAGUGAGAUUGGACAUUCAGCUCUCGGACAGCGGUAUCGCCACACAAAGGGAUGUAGAGCUUUUGAAAAGUCGUGAAAGCUGGUGCACUGUAGAAAAUGAAGACAGUUACAAAGCUAUAGAUCGUUUAGGAGGCUUUUAUGAUGGGUUAUGCAAAUACGCUCGCUAUAACAAAUUCAAGGUACUAGGGGUGAUAAGGAAUGGAGAAUUUAACAGCUCUGCAAAUGUGAUUUGCUCCUUGAGUUUUGACCGGGACGAAGAGUAUUUAGCUACAGGAGGGGUAUCAAAGAAGAUCAAGAUUUUUGAAUUUCGGGGUCUCUAUAAUAACUCUGUUGACAUUCAUUAUCCAGCCGUUGAGAUGUCCAAUUGGUCGAAACUAAGCUGCAUUUGCUGGAAUGGUUACAUCAGAAAUUAUCUUGCUUCAACGGAUUAUGAUGGCGUAGUCAAGUUGUGGGAUGCAUCAACUGGUGAAGCAUUUUCUCAAUUCGCGGAGCAUAAUGAAAGAGCUUGGUCUGUUGAUUUCUCUCGUGUUGAUCCCACGAAGCUAGCCAGUGGCAGUGAUGACCGUUUGGUUAAAAUUUGGAGCAUCAAUGAACGGAGCAGUUUAUGCACGAUCAGAAACAAUGCCAACAUCUGCAGUGUGCAAUUCUCCCCUUAUUCCACUCACUUGGUGUCCUUUAGCUCAGCCGAUUACAAAACAUAUUGCUUUGAUCUCCGAAAUGUGUCCAUUCCUUGGUGUGUGUUGGCCGGCCACAAAAAAGCAGUUAGCUACGUGAAAUUUUUGGAUGCUGGGACUAUCGUCUCUGCAUCUACUGAUAAUACAUUGAAGGUUUGGGAUCUAAAGAGGACUAAUACCGACUCUUUUUCGAGGGAUGCUUGCGUGUUGACUCUCAGAGGGCACACUAAUGAGAAGAACUUUGUUGGCAUGUCGGUUUCUGAUGGAUAUAUAGCAUGCGGUUCAGAGACGAAUGAGGUUUACGCCUACCACAAAUCACUUCCCAUGCCAAUUACUGCCCACAAAUUUGGAUCAAUUGAUCCCAUAACCGGUAAGGAAUCUGACGACGCCAAUGGGCAAUUCGUCUCGAGUGUUUGCUGGAGACACAAGUCGAAUAUGGUGGUUGCUGCCAAUUCAUCCGNNNGUAUCAAACUUCUUCAGUUGGUCUAA